UACCGCUGACCGGAAAAGGAAAGCAGACGGAUUAUUUACCCCCCCCAAAAAAAAUAUCUGAACGGCAAUACAGGAGCAUAUUUGUUUGUAGUAAUAUCAUUCGUUUCCAAUUGAUAGAAUAAUUAAUAAUCAUUCAGACUGUAUCUGCCAUAUUAAAGGAGUGAGAUGAAGUGAGUUGCUGAGCGACAGAUGGAGGCUGCAUCGCGACAGAUGGGCACUUUAUUUUAUCUGAUCUGAGGAUAAACAGGAAAAAAACAACAAACCGAUCAUCCAAAGGAAGGAGAAAAAAAUCGGGUCAGAUCCUCGGCAUCAUGGUGGACAACCGUUCCGCCACGGCGUUGGUGAUUGCGGGCGUGCUGAGCACACUGGCCACGGUGUACCUGUCUGUGGCGGUGGGCACGCGCCACUGGUACCAGUACACGAGCCCGCAGGUGCGUCACGAGCACAACGCGACCGAGCUGCGCGCGCUGCACCAGGAGCUCGGCGACGGGGAGUUCGACGAGAAGACCGCGAGCGACGCGCUGUUCCGCCUUAACGGCACCCUCGGCCUGUGGUGGAGGUGCGUGCGCGUGCCCGCCGACCGCAAACGCUGGUACAGCGACCCAGAUCCUGAGAUGGACACAGAGUGUGUGAGCUUCACGCUUUCUCAACAGUUCACACCCAAGUACACAGAGCCCGGCAACCACAACAGCGGAGAGGACAUGAUACGCACCUAUCUGUGGAGGUGCCAGUUUCUCCUGCCCCUUCUCUCUCUGUGUUUGGUGUUAGUGGGAGGCCUGGUGGGAUUCUGUGCGUGUUUGUGUCGUAGUUUCAGUCCCACGCUGGGUAUUGGACUCCUCCACCUCCUUGCAGGUGUGUGUUCUCUAGGCUGUGUGUGUUGUUUUCUGGCGGGUAUGGACCUGCUACACCGUGUCUCUGUUAUACCCGACCAGGUGGACGGCUCUCUCGGUUGGUCUCUCUAUCUCGCGCUCAUUUCCUCUCCGCUGUACAUGAUGGCUGCCGCGCUACUGGUGUGGGCCGCUCGCAGCCACGGCAAGAACUACUACCGCUUUACUGCCUACCGAGUGGCCUAGAGCAUGCACUUCAGAUAAUUACAGCCAGGUCUGUGUCCUAAAUCACAUAACACACACACACACACACUUAUUAAACCGUAUGUUAACGCACUAUUACACCAACAUACUACUUUAGCAAACAAUAUGCUGAAAUGGUAUGACACCAUAAUACUAUGCCAUAAUUCUACCAUUAUACAUACUAUGAGGAACAAAGUGUGGCAUCUUACAACCAAAAUAACAAUGUUGUCGAAGUACUGUACUAACUAGUAUAAUAAAAUAGUAUACAGCCAUGCUGAAUAGUAUGAAACAAAAAUGUACACCCCAAACAAAUAAUAAAUAAUAAAUAAUAUGUCAGACUAGAAUACUGCAAUGCUGCUAUACCAGGUAGAAUCAGACAGCAGUAUUACAUCAGAAUACUGUAUUGAAAAGUAUAUUUACAUUGCAGUCGCACUACAGUACUAAAUUAUCACAGGAAAUAAAAUGUUACUAUACAACUAUCCUAAAGAGGAUAUCGGAAUCAUACAAAAUAGUAUGGCAAGAUGGCACACCGCAGUACUGCUGCACUAAAUAGUAUGGUGCAUCAGUACUCCGCUGUACUACUGUCUUAAAUAUUAUGAGGACAAUUACGCAUACAAUUACAAUAGCAUGUUACUAAAUACUAUGGCAGACUAGAGCACCUCAUUAUAUACAUGUGCAUACACCAAUCAGGCAUAACAUUAUGACCAGUUCCAGGUGAAGUGAAUAAGACUGAGUAUCUCCUCAUCAUGGCACCUGUUAGUGGGUGGGAUAUAUUAGGCAGCAAGUCAACAUUUUGUCCUCAAAGUUGAUGUGUUAGAAGCAGGAAAAAUGCGUAAUGAUUUGAGUGAGUUUGACAAGAGCCAGAUGACUGGAUCAGAACAUCUUCAAAACUGCAGAUCUAUCAAAAGUGGUCCAAGGAAGGGACAGUGGUGAACUGGCGACGGUCAUGGGCGGCCGAUGCUCACUGAUGCACAUGGGGAGUGAAGGCUGGCCCGUGUGAUCCGAUCCAGACAAGCUACUGAAGAAGUUAAUGCUGAUUCUGAUAGAAGGGUGUCAGGAUACACAGUGCAUGAUGGGUCAGGGCUGUUUUGGCAGCAAAAAUGGGGACCAACACAAUAUUAGGUCAUAAUGUUAUGCCUGCUCAGUGUACAUGUAUAAUACAAUCCAUACAAAAUAGUAUGCCAAGACACCAUCUUACUGCAUUAAAUAGUAUGGAUUAUUAGUACACCACUAUACUACUGUAGUAAAUAGUAUAGGAGGUAGUACAUCAUACUAUUUUGUUAAUAAUUUAAUAAAUAUAAUGGUAUGUCCUUAGACUGCUGCACCAAACAGCGUGUCAAAAUAGUACACAGCUAUUCUACUACACUAAAGAAGGAUAACCUCACAUGCUUCCAUAGUAAAUUAAAGUAUAAUACACUUGACGCAAUAUUAUUGCACUUUACUGAUUAAGCAGUCCAGCAGUCCAGUGUGUUGGAGCAGGAGGAAGUGUGAGUAAUGGCGUGUACUAUUCUGAUAUAUUAUUAAAUGCAGUUGCAUGCAGAUUGGGACGCAGCCUAAGCUUCGGUUUAAAAUGGCUUUUCUCCAUCUAUCUGAGAUUUACGGUGAAUUAGCGCGCCCCGAUAAUCCGAAGUCGGCAGCUGGAGAAGAGAUGAAGAGAGGAGGCUAUAAAGGCUAGCUGUGUGUGUGUGUGUGUGUGUGUGUAUGUGAGAGAGUGUGUGUGUGUAUGUGAGCAGAAAGUGCUGUGUGGACAUUUGCAGGGCACAGACCCUAGCUCUAAAAUACUUCAUCAUCUCCCAGACGGUUAAAUGCAGAAGCAAAAUGCUGCAGUGAGGUGCCAACAUUUAUGGUUUAAUCAUAGCAUUUACGAUUUUUAAUCCGUCGCCAUGGCAAUACAGGAGGCGGCCAUAAAACCUGCGAUCUAACCGGACAUGAAAAAAAAGUUAAGCUGAUUUACCGCAAGGACAGCACACGGGAGCUUACUUUCUGCUUUGGCAUGGACUUUAAUCUAGAUUAAAUUUAACCUGUGUUCAAUUGAACAGAUUUAACAAAGUUGACACCUCUGAGAUUAAUUAAAUCAAGGCACUUUAAUAUUUUCAUGCUUUACCUGCAUGGUUGCGCACUGAUGUGACACUCCGUAAUGGUAGAAACAAAUGUGUGUGUUGAGUUAGAGAAUUCACUGGAGUGUUUCUCACAUAAACUGUGAAGAGUUUAAUGGCACAAUUUAAUGAAGAAGCACAGAGUGCACUUUUUCACCCUUACAGCGUCAGCACACGGUUUGGUUCCAGUAGCACAAUCCUGCUACUGGAUUGAAGAAAUUAGAAAUACCAAAGUUGACAAACGACACAACUUUCAGUAACAACAUAAAAAUAAAACAUUUUGUUUACUCAAUUUUCUCUGAGAAUGAGCUAGUUAAAUAGUUAAUGAAUGUCAUGUCAUCUGCUGGCUUAAUGGUUCUGAUGAUGGGAAGUGGUUCUGGUUCCUACGUUGGCUCUGUGUUGGUGGAAAAAGUCACGAUAUAUAAAGAUAUAUUGAAGAAAAAAAUCAGGUAAUGGAUUCAGACACAGCAUCUUUUACUUUAUAUAUUAUUCUUAUGUUCAACUUUAGCACAAUGUUCUUUUGUAGUAAUGUUCAGUGUUAUAGUAUUUAACUAGUAAUAGACCAGGUUGUUGUAUGGAAUGCUGAUGAUACACAAGCAUAAACCUUUAAUCAUUUAUUUAUUUCUUUUUAACUAUUAUUGCUUUGUGAUUUAUUCCUCCUGUUUUUCAUUAUUUAUUUAUUCUUUGUUUUUGUUUUUUUAAUAUUUUGUUGCUUAUAACUGGAUGUGUAGUUUUGUAAACACCAAAUCCUCAUAUAAUAAUGUUACAGUAAAUGAAACUUAUUUAUAUUGUGCAUGUGAUGAUCCAGCAUUGUGAAUGUACGGCGUUAAUAUGCAAAGCAAUGACCGUUCCAUUUGUAAGCUUUUCUGCUGAGGUUAGCCGAAUCUGUUCUAUAGUUAUUGUUACUGAACCUGCAUUUGUAUUUGAAAUGGUCUGAAUGGAUCUGACCAAAUUGUAACCUUUAACUUCAAUAAAAUUACUUUUUUUUUCCCAAAA